AGACUUCAGUGGCUAGUUUACCAACUGCAAUGUUCAGUUUGGUAUUUAGUGCCUAGAAGGUAAUCGAUAAUUUCAAGUCCAUUGAUUUAUUCUCAAUUCCAGGCUCCACUGUAAAGGUGAAGACCUGUACCGGGAGAAUCUUAUUUUUUGUAUAUGGAAAUCCUUGUUAAGGGAGACAUGGGAGGAGUACAUCGAUCCUUGCUGUGCCAAGGCCCCGUGGAAAUCACGAGCUACAACAAAAGGAAGAAAAGAUAUCUAUCCUUAUUCAAUGAUGUUCUGGUUGUGUCUAGUAACCUGAAAAAGAAGUUUAAGAUCAAAUGCAUCAUACCACUGAAUAACCUGUGGGCCGUGGAUGAUGUGAUCCUUUACAGGGGAAACAAAAACUGUAGUUCCAAGACCCUUUUUCUCCUACGGCCUACUGAAAAUUUUUUUGCCACUUUUCGUUCUAAAGAACAAAAAGAUCAAUGGUAUUAUUUUCUCAAAAGAGCCAUUGAUAAAGCCAAGAAGGGGAUCAAGAAACCAUUCUCACUGCAAAUACUCACGGAGAACAUCCCAACCUGUGACAGUGUAUGUGAACACAAAUUCAAAACCGAUAUUUCAAGCAGAGAGACAGGCAGUUUUACAUUGAAGAAUACCAACUGUGGUUUUGUCCUGGCCAAUGGGAAGCUCCAAGAUUACUCCGAGAUGUCUCUUAUGCAGAUCAUGAUUGACAACAAUGUAGACGUUUUGGGAGAUGAUGACAGUACAAUUUGUAAUGAUAUUCAAAAGAUAUCUGAUGGCAUAAUGAUGUCACUAAAUACUGCUGGAAGGACUGAUCAGUUACAGAAGGAUUUCGAUUCUCUAAGAGUACCAGGAGCCAGAAAAGCGAAAGUAAAAGUUUCACUGUUUGUGCCACUGCCUGAAGCAGUUUUUUCUGCAUCCUUUCCAGAGGAUGCCAUGUUAACAACAGAUUCAGAUGAUGAUGGUGAUGAAUUUCCUGCUUUUUCUUUUCUUAUAACUAGGUGUGGCACAAGGGCUUAUUAUGAAGAAAUUAUUGUCAAUUAUAUUGGUCAGUUGAAAAAGGCAGUAACUUUAUAUGGACCUCAAUCUCAUUAUGUUAAGGAAUUAUUAAAUGGUACCCGAGGAUUGGAAGGUAUUGUGUAG